AAUUUGCUGUCUCCUCAAAAUAACUCAACACACAGCCAUUAAUGUCUAAACCGCUGGCAACAAAAGUGAGUACACCCCUAAGGGAAAAUGUCCAAACUGGGCCCAAUUAGCCAAUCAGAAGUGGCCUCAUUAAAGAUCACAGUUACAGUGUUUUAGUAUUUCAUUUGCCAUUGUUAAUUUCAUAUAACUUCUGGACACAGAAUCAGCCAACUUCUGUAACAGUUGAGGUGGAAGUUUUCUCCAAGUUUCAACCAAAAAAUCCUUAAGUUCUUCCAUAGAUGAUGCAGAAGCCAUCAAAAAAACAUCCGAAAAUCAGUGUCGAUUAUGGCCUGUCAAUCAAAAGAGGGCGGGAAAACACAUCGAUUUCAUGCUGUGUGUAAAGAUGAUGUCUCUUGUGUGGAAUGAUGAUAAAACUGCAGUUUGUAAUCUCUGUAAUCUCUGCACUGUUUAAAAAAAAAUAAAAUUACACCGGAAGUAAAUUUUACAACGCAGAAAUUUCGGCAUCGAGUCAAUUAAACAUUAAAAGUUGCAGGGAAAAAUUCAUUAUAAUGAAACGUUCAAUAAUUACAAGCAUCUGUCUUGAUUUUUAGCCCUACUUUGACAGCAAAGAUUCUACUUGUGUUUGGUAUUUCUUGAUUUUUGUUUGUGAAUAGUGUAAGUGAGAUCUUAAGCUUUCAAUAAAGGUGCCCUGUUAGAUUAAAUGACCUCGGGGUGAGAGAAAAAAAAAAUAGUAUUUCUAAUAUUAUGAAGUGUCCCGCUUUAGCCAUAUUCACCCUAUGUUUUGUAUGUCUACUGGUUAAUAUUAUCUUUUGUUUGUCGCCAUCUGGUGGCGGUCCUCAUAAAUGGAAUGUAUUCUUGUAUCCAUAGCAACUUCACCGGAAGUUACUAUGCUUGUGUGACAAACGAAAUCGUAUGUUUGGCGGAGUAUACCUUAAAUACUUUUUGUCGUGUUUACUUUUCUCACAAAUUUUUUGUGUUAUUCAGAAUGAUCUGCUGAGGUUGAUGUUAAUGUUAAUGUUUUUUGUCAAGCUGCGUGUAUGCCAGUGAACAGCGUUGUAAAGAGUUUUUUUAAGUUAUAAAAUUUGCUAAUCAUCAAUAGUCAACAAUAUCUGCAUCCAGAUUUGGAUGAACUGUUGGGGUUUUUGCUUUGUUUUGUUUUCCUAUCUGUGAUCCAAAAGAUGGAGGAGAGUGUGACAACGCAUGGGAGAAACAGCAAUAAGGGACUGUGGAACUGUCCACGAUUCAAGUACAGCAAGGACACUCAGGAGUUAAUGCAAGUGAUGAUGCAAGAAUCACGGCUCACCAACUUUCAGCAGAGACAGAUCAACAAACAGCUGAAGAAAGGUGGUGUCUUACCGCUGAGCUGUAACCCGACAUCAUCUACGGCACCUGCAGAGCCACAGCUGAGAGUCAGUAAAGGCCCAGUUCUCUCAUCCAGACCACAGAGACGCAGCGCGGAGAAAUGCUGCGCCGGGGACAGCUAUACGCGUGAGAGAUUUCGGCCCAGCAUCACACGAGACAUGGAAAAAGAGAAGCGCAGGCUGCAGAACAUCCUCGCUACAGGCCACGAGGAGAUGCAGCCAUCGCCGUCCCACACAAGGCCUGCUAACAGAACGGAGGACACUGAGAAAGACAGGUUCCAGGAAGUUCUUGAUGAGAUUGAGGAGAGAAGGCAGUUUUUGGAUGAGAUGAAUGCUCUUGGAAGAGGACGCCAGUACCGUCACAUCAUUAACACGGAGAUAUCUCAGAAAAUCCGAGAGCUUGAGCUGAUUGACAGGACGCGCAGCGAGGCGAUAAGGAUGAAAGAGGAACAAAAGGUGAAAGGUGAAGAGCAGCAGUGAGGAAAGACAUUGUACUCAUCCGUUAACAUACCGACCGAUGCUACAAACAAACAUUGCAACACUGCCUAUUUAAGAGUUGAAGACAAUACAAGAUUGCAUGUCAUGUAUGCUGUUUAUUGUAUUGCUUGAAUGAUGAACCAUUUAUUUCACUGAGGUAAAAGUCAGACAUUACGUUCAUACCCAUGUUGCUGUUGAUUUAGUUACAAUAAACCUUUUAAUUCUUCUUCACCUCCCAAAAUAA